AUGUCUCGCCAGUCAAGCGUGUCCUACCGCAGCGGGGGCAGCCGCAGCUUCAGCGCGGCUUCUGCCAUCACCCCAUCGGUGUCCCGCACCAGUUUCACCUCCGUGUCCCGCUCUGGGGGUGGCGGUGGCGGCUUUGGCAGGGUCAGCCUUGGUGGUGCUGGUGGAGCCGGUGGCUACGGCAGCCGAAGUCUCUACAAUGUGGGAGGCUCCAAGAGGAUCUCCAUGAGCACUAGCGGUGGCAGCUUCAGGAACCGAUUUGGCGCUGGUGCCGGAGGCGGCUAUGGCUUUGGAGGGGGCAUGGGGGCCGGAUUUGGUUUUGGCGGUGGAGCUGGUGGUAGCAUGGGGCUCGGGGGUGUAGGUGGCUUUGGAGGGGGCUUCGGGGGCUCUGGCUUCCCCGUGUGCCCCCCGGGUGGCAUCCAAGAGGUCACCAUCAACCAGAGCCUCUUGACGCCUCUGAACCUGCAAAUCGACCCCACUAUACAGCGUGUGCGCACCGAGGAGCGCGAACAGAUCAAGAGCCUCAACAACAAGUUUGCCUCCUUCAUCGACAAGGUGCGCUUCCUGGAACAGCAGAACAAAGUUCUGGACACCAAAUGGACCCUGCUCCAGGAGCAGGGCACCAAGACCGUGAGGCAGAAUCUGGAGCCCCUGUUUGAGCAAUACAUCAACAACCUCAGGAGACAGCUGGACAGCAUUCAUGGGGAGAGAGGCCGCUUGGACUCUGAGCUCAGGAACAUGCAGGACCUGGUGGAGGACUUCAAGAACAAAUAUGAAGAUGAAAUUAACAAACGCACCACAGCCGAGAAUGAAUUUGUGAUGAUGAAGAAGGAUGUGGAUGCUGCCUUCAUGAACAAGGUGGAGCUGGAGGCCAGGGUGGACACUCUGAUGGAUGAGAUCAACUUCAUGAAGAUGUUCUUCGAGGCGGAGCUGUCCCAGAUACAGACGCACGUCUCAGAUACAUCUGUGGUCCUGUCCAUGGACAACAACCGCUCCCUGGACCUGGACAGCAUCAUUGCUGAAGUCAAGGCCCAGUAUGAGGACAUCGCCAAUCGCAGCCGAACGGAAGCUGAGUCCUGGUAUCAGACCAAGUAUGAGGAGUUGCAGCAGACUGCAGGCCGGCAUGGCGAUGACCUCCGCAACACCAAGCAUGAGAUCUCUGAGAUGAACCGGAUGAUCCAGAGGCUGAGAGCCGAGAUCGACAAUGUUAAGAAGCAGUGUGCCAACCUACAGAAUGCCAUUGCUGAUGCUGAGCAGCGUGGGGAACUGGCCAUCAAGGAUGCCAGGAACAAGCUGGCUGAGCUGGAGGAUGCCCUGCAGAAGGCUAAGCAGGACAUGGCUCGGCUGCUACGCGAGUACCAGGAACUUAUGAACACUAAACUGGCCCUGGAUGUGGAAAUUGCCACCUACAGGAAGCUGCUGGAGGGCGAGGAGUGCAGACUGAGUGGAGAAGGAGUUGGGCCAGUCAACAUCUCUGUCGUCACAAACAGCGUUUCCUCUGGCUACGGUGGUGGCAGCAGCAGCUUCGGAGGAGGCUUUGGAAGUAGCCUUGGUGGUAGUGGUGGCAGUGGCUACUACAGCAGCAGUGGGGGUAUUGGUCUAUCAGGUGGGCUAAGUGGCGGAGGCUCUGGCUUUAGUGCAAGUAGCGGCCGAGGCAUGGGCAUGGGUUUUGGCAGCGGUGGAGGCAGCAGCUCCAGCGUCAAAUUUGUCUCCACCACGUCUUCCUCCCGGAAGAGCUUCAAGAGCUAA